AUGUCGACCACCAAACCCCUCCUCGUCGUCCUCGGUGCAACAGGCAACCAAGGCGGCUCCAUCCUCACACACUUCCUCUCCCUCCCCUCCUCCCCCUACGCCCUCCGCGCCAUAACCCGCACGCCCACCUCCGCGGCAGCCCUCUCUCUCGCCUCCCGUGGCAUCGAGAUCGUCCCCGGCGACAUCAACGACCCCGCGUCCCUCACCGCCGCCUUCGCCGGCGCAUCCAUCAUCUUCAGCGUAACCGACUUCCUCCACCCAAUGACCUCCCCCCUCCUCCGCUCCCAAGCCCUCGCAUCCGGCUACGAUAGCUCCACCCUCGGCUUCUACAUGCGAGACCACGAAACGACGCAGAAUAAAAACAUCAUCGACGCCGCAGCGAACGUCCCCUCAUUGCAGCGAUUCAUUUUCUCGAGUCUAGCGAACUCGGAGCGCUUGAGUGGCGGGAAAUACAGACAUGUGUAUUAUAGCGAUAGUAAGGCGGCGGCGGAGGAGUAUGGGAGGGAGACGUAUCCGGAGUUGUGGGGCAGGACGAGUGUUUUUUACGCUGGGUUUUUUUUGGAGAAUUUUUUGGGGGGGACGGGGAGGGGGUUUUGUCCUGUUUUGGAUAAAGAGAGGAAUGUCUUGAUUGCUUCAAACGCCGAACCUGUCACCUCAAUCCUCUUCCCGUGGUACUCGGUCAUCGACGAUACCGGACCCCUGAUCGCAGCUCUGAUCCUCGCUGAGCCUGGCAAGAAAUUGUUAGGUUUCAAUGAGUGGCUUAGUUUACAGGAUGUGUAUAGACUCAUGGCGAAGAGCUUAGGUACGGGCAUCGAGUUUGUGGACACGAUGCCGAGUUUCGAGAUGAGUGUUCCGGAGAUGAAGAGAGCGAGGGAGGAGAUGAUGGGGUUUGCGAUUGAAUUUGGGUAUUGCGGGGUCAAGGUCGAUGCGAGUAUUGUGAUGCCGGCCGAUUUGGGGGUUGAGGUCAAGUUAAAGAGUGUGGAGGAGUGGGUUGAGGCGCAGGAUUGGGAGGCGGUUUUGCCGGUGGAGUGA